AAAGUAAUUUUAAUCAAAGAAGUAAAUUUAGUUGUUGCAGACUUGCAGUGACGCAAGCUUGGCGGUGGCCGCUACGAGCUCAAUCUCCGGAUUACCAUAAGCAGAGACUAGGUUCUUUUUAUUUCUUUUGAGAAAUGCAUGUAACUUUAUUCAUACUCAUAACAAUUACAGGUACACUGAUUUGAAUCUAAGAUUUAAGAAAAUACAAAGAAAAUCUCUUGUAAACACCUUUUUCGCGGUAUCAAUUUCUGGUAGAAGAAAUACUUCAAAGACUUGGGUAAAGAGGCUGCAAUUAGACUGAAACAACGAUAUUGCCACUCUUUCAUCCGCACGAACAUUACCAAUAAUGAUUUCUGAAAGCGCCUUGAGUCGCCCAUCUAGAAAGAUAGGAAGCAUUGAUCGAUGAAUGUACUUGGGCCGGGGAUGAUCCCGUAGAAGUGCAGGCCGUCGAAUCACUAUAUCUUCACCAUGGCGUCGAUGAAAAAAAAAAAUCACAAUCAAACCAACAAAAAAGCUUGACACAACAACAUAAACACGUCAGACCAAAUAAUCGAAUCCGCGAGGACGAAACACUCUCUGACGUCAUGGCACUGCCAAAAAACGAGAGGGAGUUUGUUUUUUUCUUUUUUUUAUGGCAAUUUUAGUUAUAAAAAAAUCAGAUCCGGAGCGCUUCGUGUCACUUAUCAGGUGGGUAAAAAUUAAAAUUGAGGGAAGUUGUGAGAGGCUGAGUCGGUCCAGGUUUUGUUUGGACCGACGGAUCAAGUCCUGGCCUUAAAUCUGGUGGUGAGAUAAAAAUCCGUUCUUGGUCCCGUGCCCGAUUGGAGUCUCUGCUCUGCUCUGGAGUUCAUCAAUGGCGGAUACAUACCCAUACCGAGCAGGGGAGGGGAAGCAGAUCGGGACCGGGAUGCUGGAUCGGGCCAAGAGGUCGACGCCGCCGGCAGCCGCCGAGAGGAGCGCCAAGAAGCCCUGCUGCCACCGCGACCCAAGCGGCGGCGGCGUGCCGGAGAUCUCCUCCCUCCUCUCCUCGCUCUCCGUCGCCAAGCGCCACUCCCCGGCCGCCCACGACCACGCCCCCCUCAACAAGCGGCCCCGUUACGACCACCACCAUGACCUCGACGCCCGGAUGCGAGGACUGGAGAUCAGCUGCGAGACGACGGACAUGGAGCAGGAGCAGGGGCCGGACUGGGCGGGCUUCCUGCCGGAGCUGCUGGCCCUCGUCUGCGGCCGGCUCCCUCUCGCCGACGUGCCCCGGUUCGGCGCCGUCUGCAGGCACUGGCGGUCGUGCGCGUUCCCGGUGUACCCGGCUGACGCCGCGCCCGUGCUGCUCAGCGCCACGCUCACCGCCGCCGGCGCCGUCCGCUGCUACAGCCCCCACCUGCACAAGACGUUCGUCCUCGCCGCGCCUCCCCUGCCCGAGGGCGGCAGGGUCUUCUCGGCGGGCGCCGGCGGGUGGGUCAUGGUCAAGACGCCGGGCAGGACCGUCGUGUUCGCCAACCUCCUGGACGGGUCCGUGCACGAGACGCCCGAGCGGGAGGGCGACGAUCGGGGGUUCAUGAGCUGCGCGCCGCGCCGCCACGACGGCGUUGACAAUGGCCGCAACAACAACACCGGCAACCCUCCCAACGACUGCUGCUUCGACGUGUUCGCCGUCUUCUCCGGUAUGGUUACCGUCAGGGUCGAGAGCUGGGGAGGCGGCGGCGGCGGCUGGAAGAGCGUGGAGGAGCAGAGCGAGUUCAGAAUGUCCUGCUGCUGCAGCCCGGUGAUGCACAAGGGGAUGCUCUACUGCCUUGGACAGGAGGGCGCUCUAGGGGUCUACGAUCCCGGCGAGGCGACAUGGAGCGUGCUCCCCAAGCCCGCCGGCUUCGGCCCGGAGCUCGCCUACAAGAAUUGCCACCUCGUCGGCUCGCGCUCGGAGCUGCUCGCCGUCCUGACGGGCAGCAACGGAGCUCGGCCCAUCUACGUGCUGAGGCUCGACGAGGCCAAGAUGGCAUGGAAGAGGGUCAAGUCAUUGGACGGCCAGUCCCUUUUCACCGGAACAACAUCGUCGGUGGCGGUGGCAAAGCCGGUCGUCGAAUCCAUGGCGGACAAGGUGUACCUUCCCAGGCUCUAUGGCCGGCCGCAGGUGAUCCAGGCGGAGCUCGCCGCCUCCGACGGCCGCCUCUUCUUCGUCGCCAAGGCGGCAGAGCAGGAGCAACAGGGACCGGUUAUGGCGUUGGGCGGUGGGGAUCACGGCGGCCCCUGGUGCUACGACAUGGAGUCGGACUCCGGCGGGCAAUUCCUGGGCUCCAAGGCCCUGCUGCAGUCCUUUUGGGUUCAUCUCGGCCACGCCGCGCCGCCCUCGCCCUCGCCCUCGCCGGAUGAGGAUGAGGAUGAGGAUGAGGAUGAGGAUGAGGAUGGAAUGGUUAUAGACUGACCGGCAUCAAUCCAUGAAACUGAUCUUGCCAUGUACAGUAGAAUACACUUGUAAUAAGAUUGUAUUAUGCUUAUCCUUCAAAUCAAAAGGAAAAAGAUCGUAGUAUCAUACUUACAUGUAUGAUAGUAUUCUUCUAAGAACUAA